AUGUCCAACCCUUUAACAGAUAAUCAAUCACAGCAGCAGAAAGCUCCUGCUGCUGAUGCUGUUGGGGCUACUGCAACCGCACGCGCAAAGAGGGCCAAACGAGCCGGCGAACUAGCUGCGAAGCAGGAAAAGCAAGAUAUGCACAAUGCAUUCAUACAAGGUCUUGAAACCGAGUUACAUUCUUUUCUGCAGUCGAGCACCAUACCACCAGUCGUGGCACAACGGCGGCAGGAUAUAUGUAUGGUCGUAGAAAGAGCGCUGCAGGCCCACUUUGGCUCCCAUGUUUGCGUUCAAAACGUUGGGUUGGAUCGCUUGGGCAUCUCAAUCCUCUACGCUCCUCUUGAGCUAGCAAUGGUGGAUACACGAAACGAGCAAAAUGGGACUCUACCUGACCCAACUGAUAAACUGUAUGAUCCAACCGAAAUCGAAGCAGCUCUGAAAGAAGCUGGGAUACCUGCUGAACUCUACACGCCGCCUCGUUGGAUUUCGCCAGAGUCUGCUCGAAGACCCUUCGCCCUCCCUGAACCCAUUGUCAUCAGCUACAAGCUAGAGUUUGUUCUGCUCCCACCGAAUCCUUUACACAGUGCGCGAAUCAGUCUUGCCCAGGAGUGUCUUCAGCAACAUCCGUCUAUGAGACACGUGCUGGCCCUCUUGUUCUUCAUAGUCGCCACAGGUUGCCAUACACAUCUUCCUCCAUUAACUACCACUGUUCUGGUGCACAUUGCAAUGGCGUAUUAUCGACAAGCGUACAAGGGGGCAUCGCCCACAAUCACCGUCCCCCGUUCCAUCAGUGCGCCGGAGAACCCGGAUCAGGAGGCUCAUAAUUCCUUCUUCUCUCACCCGUCUGAUAUUAUCUACCCGAAUGGAAGCCCUUUUGCGUCAUCUUCGAUCAAUGGACCGAUCAAAUUCAGCUACGCAACCUCCUCUUCGGAUAUGCACCCAAACCGGGAAGCACAUUGCGUGACCUAUGAUCUAUUGCAACUGAUUCGAUGGUGGGAUGAAAUACGAUGGGAUCAGGAUAUCAUCAAUUCAACCAAACAACAACCAGAUCCGCGGAACCUCGAUACCCAACCUGCUCUCAAUCCCCGUCCAUGGGAUGUGUAUCACUCAACCCUCGUCGUAUCUGAUCCUACGAACCCCUUAAACAAUCUGGCAACCCUCGUGACCCCAUUUCAAUAUGCCGAAAUGCGAAGGUCGUGUCGUGUUGCUCACAGGAGACUGGUUAAUGGAAUUCCAUUUGGACUGGCGAGAAGGCUGACACGGCCAUUGCUGCACGACCCAACAACCUUGUCGACGCGAGGCUACUCCUCUGAGAGUGUCAAGGAUUAUGGAGAUUAUCUCACAAGUGAGAUGCAGCAACUCUAUCAAAGUACCCGACCAAACCCGGACGUCCUUCGAAGACGACAGCAGACGCUCAACCACCUCAGCAAAAUUGUUCAGAGGCACUACGGAGACAGGUUUCAGCCGGUUCUCUUUGGCAGUAGUCGAUAUGGCGUCAGUGACAGUGGCAGCGACCUUGAUAUCGUAAUUCUCGACAAGAGACUAGAAAAAGGCUUUGAGCCUCACGUAAAGAAGAAGGAUCUGCAUGAUAUCUAUAAUCUUCGACAACUCUCCUACAGAAUGAAGAGCACCUUUGACAAGAUGGUAGUGAUAGAUGGCGCAAAGUCCCAAUCAGUACGCAAUGCGUGGUUCAAAGCAAGGGACAUACGCUCCAAUAUGGCGGUGGAUAUCAACAUUAACGACCGACUGGGAUUAUAUAAUACGGAGCUGCUCUCCCACUACUGUGCUCUCUGGCCAUCACUGUCCAAUUUAAUCUACGUUGUCAAGAAAUGGGCCAAAAGUCGGGGACUUAAUGAUCCAGCCGGACUUCCGAGGGCCGGGGGGCCGUCAUUUAGUAGCUACUGCCUCACUCUGAUGGUCAUUGGGUUCCUGCAGACCCAUGGAGUUCUCCCAAACCUUCAAGACGCCAAAUACCUCAUUCGCCAUAGCCCAGAACUUCGAGGCCAUGCUGACGUCUUCUGGAUUCGACGUUCUGAGACCUCGAGGAUGAAAACGAACGUCGAUUGGUUUCCUCUGCCUCUGCACGAGUGGCGACCGCUCAACAGUCCCCCUUUGGGACGAGUCUUUUAUGCUUGGAUGAUGUAUUUCGCCUACGAUCACAAGUUUUCCGACUUUGCUAUACGCAUCGCUGAAGGAGGUAUCGUUCCGCGAAUUACAAAAAAGAAGAAAGAAUCAACAAAGAAAUCCAAAAAGCAGGCAACACCUACCGCUGACGAAGCUUCAGAGGAUGGCGAGACGCAGGAUCCUCACCAUUCAGAAGAGGCUGAUAAUGAGAUGGUAGAGGCAGUCACUGAUGACCUCACUGCGCUGGAGCUCGAACAAGCUACAGCGCAAGCGGAACAUAUGCAAGAAGAGGACCAAGACCUCGAGGAAGUACUUGAAGAGCAUCGUUUCGAGCAAAAAACUCGACUUGAUGAACCCGAUAAAUGGAAAUUCGACCAGUUUGUUGUCGGGGAUCCAUUUAUUCUCGAAAAGAAUUGCGCUGGUAACAUUUCCAAACGCAAGCUGGAAGAGUUCAUCAUCGAGUGUCAGAACACGGUCCGUAUGAUGGAUGAAGGGAAAGAUCUCUUGAAUAUUUUAUCUGGUGGUCUGCUAAUGACCGAGAACAAAAAGGGCAAGAAGAGAAAGAAAGGCUUGGAGCCAUUCGUAGACCCCAAAGUUCUCAAAGCGCUGGCCCCGCCCGGUUCUCCUCGCGGGCUCUCAAUGAGAAAGGCGUUGGACUCAGCGGACGAUCAAGCGGUCAUAGUCACCCCUAAGGCCCAAUCAAAAGAAAGUCGUCUUCAAGGCCAGGAAAAGCGCCCCUCUAGACCCAAGAAACCGAAGGCUAGCCCGAACCCCUCACAGUAA